CUCUAUAGACUUGCACUUUCCACCCCUUAACAAUGGACAGCCAGCCCCUCCAGCCACUGAGAAACCCAAAGUAUCGCCAUGUCUCUCGCUCAGCAGCAAAGAGGGAAUCCGUACAGAUGCUCGGCUCAAUUCAAAACCUCCGUCUUCAGUUCUCCCAGGUCGGUGUGUCACACAAAGCAGGGGCUGGCGCCGGGGUCAGAUGUGAUGACGGCCCUGGGGUCAUGGGCUUAGGGAUGGUAGGUGAAGAUGAUGAAGAGAACAGACCAUUGCCAAAGGGAGAACAAAGGGAAAGGAGAGAGAGGAAGCCAUGGAAAGAGGUUGAUCUGCCUAGGGUGGAGCCUGAAGCGGCAAGAAAAGAGGCGCAAGAAAUUGUGGCCUCGAUCCGUCAGAUAUGGGGCCUCUCGAUGCCCGCCUCUCCAACUUCACCUCAUGGUUUAUCUACCUCCAAGUCUCUCUACUUUUCCAGCCUUGCCGCCGUUGCCGGCGGAGAGGAAGAAGCUCGCACAUCAGAAGACAUCCGAUCAGCGCUGGUCACUACCGCGAGAUCUAUGAGAAGAAUUCGAUUCCUUGCCCUUUCUGUUUGUCAAGGCCGGUCAUCAACAUCAGCGAUCGUUCCAGCAUACAACUCGAAGCUGCGGACAAGCUUCUCCACCCCAUCGAGACCUGGCGUGCCGCUUCCUAGGGCAGUAUCUAGCCCCUUGGAGCGACGAGUCCUUUCCGGUCAGAAGCAGGGUGAUGAUGUCUUGGCAAGCCUGCGUAAAUCUGCUCUAGACGUUUUGACAGCUCUGCGAGCCCUUGAGGAGCGCUUGCGUAUCCAAGCUGGUGUACCGGAAGACGACCGUAUUCUUGCACCGAUCAAUUCUCAGUCGUCCUCUGUCGAACCAGAGUACUAUGAAUCGGAAUAUGACUCUGACGAUUACAACCUUAACGCUCUGGCUCAAGAGGGAGAUAGUGGUUCCCUUGCUUCUCUGCCCUGGGAAGAAAGGCUUGUUCAAGAGUCGAGAUCUUAUCGGGUCUUGGAAGGACCGGGGUGGGAAAAGGAGGCCAGAAUGACAAGGGAAGAUGUGGGUAAGUGGGUUGCCGUGGCGGAGAAGUUGUUCCUCGUAGGCGCGAAAGGAGAAGAUGGUGAAAAAGAGAUGCCUGAGUGGGCCAAAGACUGGCAAGGAGAUGCUUUCUCUCGAUUGCAUGCCCUCUUGUCGUCACAUCUGCCUACUGAAUUGGCAUCCACGUUACCCUCACCCCAAAGUGAAAACUUUCGCAGCACUUUCCUUUCCUCCCUCUCUGACGGUUACGUACUUAUCCAGGCAUAUAAUGCUGUUCUCCUCCAAUCGUCAAAGCCCUGGGGAUUCAUCCCGGAGGAAGACAUACAUCCUACUCUCACAGCCACCGGUGGACACGGUGAUUUUACACCUGCAGGUGAAGAGGGGAAGAAAGAUAAGGAGUGGACGUUUAGAAGGGUCGGGAAUCUGACUUGCUUCGCAGCAGCCUUGAGGCAUCGAUAUCAACUCCCAAUCCUCAUGCCAUCUUCCACAAGCGCCCCUUCAUUCCUUCCCAAACCUGUUGCUCUCCCUCAACCCAGCAAAGACCGAGUUGAACGGUCCACAUCCGCUCCACCCUCAACCCCCAAGUCCGCCUCUUCUCUACCUAAUACACCCACUUCUACCACAAGCAAAGGUCGAGAUGUACCCAAGAUUGAAUUUGACCCGAUGACCGUUGCCAAGAAACUUGAAGGCUGGGAAGAGAUGUUGGAGGAAGUUGUGAACAAUUGGGUUGCAGGUGUAGUGAGAGAGAUCAAUGCAGUAAGAGAGGCUAGAAAAAAGAGAGGAGGGAUGAUCUGAUGUGGGUUAUUUGGAACUGUGUGGCACCUGAUUCGGAAUUACAUUUGUAUAUCACUUUGCAUUGAGACUUUCUUCCUUCAAUCUUGCAUUUUCCUUCUUCCUUUAGAACAAGAUCUCUUACGACGUUACCAGAAUGCAUCCUUACGAAAAUGAUGG